CCACCCGGCAGUAGUUGCGGAGGUCAGCCCCGCCCCUUUCCUCUUUCCCUCGAGCAGGCGGCGGCGGUGGCGGCUUGAGCAGCUAUGGCCAAAAUAAAGGCCCGGGACCUUCGCGGCAAGAAGAAGGAGGAGCUGCUGAAACAGCUGGACGACCUGAAGGUGGAGCUGUCCCAGCUGCGCGUCGCCAAAGUGACCGGCGGCGCCGCGUCCAAACUCUCCAAGAUCCGAGUUGUUCGCAAAUCCAUCGCCCGUGUUCUCACCGUCAUUAACCAGACUCAGAAAGAGAACCUCAGAAAGUUCUACAAGGGCAAGAAGUACAAGCCCCUGGACCUGCGGCCCAAGAAAACGCGCGCCAUGCGCCGCCGGCUCACCAAGCACGAGCAGAACCUGAAGACUAAGAAGCAGCAGCGGAAGGAGCGGCUGUACCCGCUGCGGAAGUACGCGGUCAAAGCCUGAGGCGCGUCAAUAAAGCCACUGGCUGGCG